AUACAGCGGAAAUAUAAAUGUACCCCGCACACACAGUAAGUCCAGGCUACCCGACAAGAUCCAUUAUCUUUCAAAGAGUGCACGCGUUCAGUUAGUAUGCAGUAGUAGAAGAAUAUGGAGGAUAAUUACAGUGGAAUUACAGAGAUUCAACCUCUUUCUCCACAGAAAAAACAAGAAGAUGAUACGAAUACCCGCCAAGAGUUUGAAUCUGCGUCAGGGGAAGGACUUCGAAAUCGGAAGCAUGCCGCUACAUCAGAUGAAUCUGAUUCUAAUCUUAAUGUCAAUGGAAACCCAACUAUUAAAAAGGUUGAAUCGACUCCGAAUGUCUUCUUCUUCUGGGCAUUCUUUGUGGGCAUAAUCUCGAUCGUUACUCUGGCCUUCGUAAUAUUUUCCUCUCUAAUCAGACCAGGAGACGAGAAAACAGAGUUCCUAAGCAUGCCUCCUGAUUUACGCUCACAUUAUAGCAAGGGCAAGAUGAUCAAAGUGCAAAUUGGGUACGAGAGGAACUACAUCCAAAUGUUUGUAAGAGAUGAGGGACCUAGAGACCAUGCAGAAACAGUAGUUUUGGUUCAUGGUUUUGGAGGCAGUUCAUACUCUUUCAGAAAUGUCAUGUCAAUGCUGGCUUCCAGGGGAAUUCGUGCAGUUGCACCUGAUCUACCUGGCUUUGGUUUUUCAGACAAAACAAGCUUACAAAAUGAUAGGGAAUGGUCUGGUUUUAUUGGGAGGGUUAGGGAUGUGUACCUCGAGAUAAAGGAGAAGGGCUUGUUCUGGGCAUUUGAUCAGCUAAUUGAGACAGGAGAAAUGCCUUACCAAUUGCCAUAUAAAAAAACCAGAGUCACCCAAAGCUACCAAGUGAUGCAAUGCGGGGCAGAAGAGUUGGGCCGCAGUUUGGGACAGGUAAUUGAAUCCUUAGCUCUUGGGCCAGUGCAUUUGGUUCUUCAUGAUACAGGAUUUGAGUCUGGUGCCAUUUGGGCUGCCAGCAAUCCUUUGUUGGUUCGCAGCGUUACUCUCAUUGAUGCAACUCCACAUCGCCCUUCUGUUCCCUUGUGGAUUCUCAAGGUGCCAGGAUUGAGUGGGGUGGUGACCCAUUUGUCCUUUUUGCAAUUGGGUUUAUUUAAAAUCUGCUGUUCAAGGGCCAUUGAUAGUUCUGCAGCAGAGGCCCAUGGGUUUCUCUUGAGGACCAAGAAUGCUGCAAAGGCUAUUGUGGAGAUUACAAACCGUGCAAAUUUUAGCUUUGACUUUGAGGCUUGGGCAAAUGCUGAUCAGAUAAAAGAAGUGCCUAUCAAAAUACUCUGGGCGAAUGAGUGGUCCAAGGAUUGGCUGAGAGAAGGUCAUCUGAUAUCUGAGCGACUCCCUCGUGCAGAGUUUGUUUCCCAUAGUGGUGGGAGAUGGCCUCAGGAAGAUGUACCAGAGGAAAUCACAGAAGCUAUUGCAAAAUUUAUAUCAACCUUACCACCUACUGUUAGGACCAUUACGGAAGAGCCUUUGCCAGAGCAUAUACAAAGAAUGUUUGAUGAGGCAAGCCAUGACGAUCAUCACAGCCAUCAUAACCAUCAACACGAUCAUCAUGAUGGAGACCAUGGGCACAGUCAUGGCAGUGGAUACAUGGAUGGAUAUGGCCUUGGACAUGGCGGGUGGCACUAAUAUGAUAGUAGAUGAUUUGAAGAGUUUGGUGAUUGUACAGCCAAGCCCUCCCAGAGCUACUCUUCCUGCUGACACUAAUAGUGGUCAUGCCCAAUGAAUUGAGGAAAAGAAUAGCAUCUUGAUUCUCUCGCCUUGUUGAUUGACAGUAAUUGUUGUAAGUCACGCCUGCAUAAUUUUAUAGAGACUCUGUUAGUGAGGUGAGCUAACAAUCAAGGUCUUCAUACAUUACAGUUCACAAGUUUGAAGUCUUGAAGAAUUUAGAAAUUUUAAUGGGAUUUCCCCAGCUGGUGAGUUUUAGGAAUCUGUUGACAUUGCUAUAAGAAAUUGAAAAGUCAGCUGGUGGCGCGUUCCUUUUUAUUUUAUUACAAGGUUCCAAACUUCAGACUUUGAUUUGCGUUUA